UGCCCUUAAUUACGUUUAGUAAUACGCGGAACUACGUAUGAUUCAAAUACAACUUCCCAGGUCCCAUAAACAAUAAAUUCCAGAAACCGAAAAGCUCAACGGGCUUCAAUAUGAUCAUUUCUUGCGAGGCUUCCUUCCCACCUUUCUGUUCGCAUCAACUCCUCAGUCAUUCUUCAGCAGCAGAAGGAGACAGAGUUUCAGAGGCUAAAGCAAAAUCCCCAUGGAUAAGCUGGAGUCAAAGUUUACUUGGAGGGUCGAGAAUUUCUCGCAACUGGAGGUUAAAAUGCUUUACUCUCUCACGUUUCUGGUGAAUGAGAAGAAAUGGAAGGUGAUCCUUUUUCCCAAAGGAAUCAAAACCAAUGAUGAUCAUUUGUCUAUGUACCUUGAUGUGGUUGACUCGUCGCACUUACCCAAUGGCUGGAGUAUACCAUCAACUUUCAGUAUAACUCUGAUUAACCAGAUAGACACCAACAAAACCAUCAAGAAAGAGUUAGCACACACUUUCAAUGCUCAAGAAAGUAAUUGGGGCUUCGAAUCAUUUAUAUCUCUAAGUGAAUUACAUGAUAAGAGUGGAGGUUAUCUCUUAGAAGACGCAUGCUUGAUAGAAGUUGAAGUACAUGUGCCUGUUGAUGUUUCUCCAACUGCUAACCAUAAAGCUUUAGAUUCUUCUAUUUCUAUUCUUGAUAAUGUGGGAUCUGUGCACAACCAGGCUCAGUCUUUUCUCCAGUCACUGUCCAAGAAACCACUCACCUCAGUAGCUAGUGCCUCAAAUAGACGAAUACCUCUGCUUAAACGAUAUUAUGCAAAAGAAAUCCUUGACAUAUUGAUAUCAUCCUCUUUGGAUGAUAUCGCUGAUCCCAGCAAUGAAAGUGCAAUAAUGGAGUCUUUGUCCACACUCAUAGACUUACCUGAUUUGUGUGGUCGGGGCGUGGGAGAGGCCAUUAUGAACUUGAAAUACACUUUUCCAAAAGUGGUGCAGGAAUGGAGAGACUCAUAUCAAGUUAAGGGAGGUAGUGAGCAUCCGUGGUCUACUUUCGAGAAAACCAAAAGCGUUCUUGAACAUUUAGUGAAAGUGGAGGAAGGAAUAAGGACUAAACUGGAGGAGCUAGACAAGAACGAAAAGGAAUUGGAAGCUCAGGUGGAGGCUGUCGAAAGCAAGAGUCGAAAGCUCAAAGAGGAAAGGGAAGAACUAUCAAACCAGACGAACAUAAUUUUUUAUCUUGUUAAGGAACUGGAUCGGGAAGUUGAAGCAAAGGUGGUUGAGGUAGACCGGGAUAACCAUACAGUGGAGGAGAUCUUGAAGGCAAAGUGGGCUACUACAAGACAACUCUUUGCUUGAUAUAUAUGAGCUCUCUAGAGUCUAGAGUCUGUAAUUUACAUCAGAUAUGCCAACAUCUUGUCUUCUGUCAUCCAUUAAGGUUUAAGAAAUUUUACAAGGACUGUGGGAGUACAGAGUACUAUAGAAACCACUAAACAGUGAAGAAACGCAGUACCGCAGGCAACGAAGCGACGCAGACGGCAUGGCAUACCAUCUCGGGAUUCUAUCUUUCUUUAACUACUACGCAGAACCUGUCGAAGUUAUAGAGGCUAAGCAAAUUCCAAGCAUUUUAUGAUGUCGACGUUUACGUGGAGGAUUGAAAAUUUCUCGCAAUUGGAUGCUAAAAAGCUUUACUCUGUGACGUUUAUAGUCAAUGAGUACCAGUGGAAGUUGAUUCUUUAUCCAAAAGGAAACAAUACAGAUAAUCAUCUGUCUCUCUACCUAGGUUUGGCUGAUUCCUCUUGCUUACCCAAUGACUGCAGUGUGCCAACAAAGUUCAGCAUUGCUCUCUUAAACCAGAUUGACAAAAACAAAUCCCUCAAAAAAGAGUCCCGCCACAGGUUCAAUACUCAAAUAAGUUAGUGGGGCUUCACUAAAUACAUGAGACUUAAUCAACUCAAUGAGGAGGGAGGCUAUCUUGUUAAUGAUACAUGCUUGAUUGAAGCAAAAUUAUCUGUUGUCACUAAUAAAGAUUUUGGAUCAGUAGAAUCUGUUUAUGUCAAGGCUGAAUCGCUUCUCGAUUCUCUUCCCAAGAAACCAUCUAAUUCAGUAUCUAACCCUUCACAUGGGAUGCCUUCAUUCAAAGGACACUCAAUUUUUGCAAAAGAAGUACUUGAUAAAUUGAUAUCAUGCCCUAUGGAUGAUUUGGCUGAUCCCAAGAAUGAAGCUUCAAUGAUGGAGGCUUUGUCUGUUCUCAACGACAAUCUCUCUUUGUUUAGUGAUAUACAGGCCAAAGAAAUUAUGAACUUGAAAGCCACUUUUCCACAAGCAAUGCAGGAAUGGAGGGACUCAAUUCAAGUCAAGGGCAGCGGAGACCACACUUGGUCUACAUUUGAGAAGACCAAAAGUUUGCUUGAAGAUUUAAUGAAAACUGAUCAGAAUAUUAGGACUAAAUUGGAGGGGCUAAAGCAGAAUGAAAAGGAAUUGAAGGCUGAGCUUGAGGUGCUUAAGAGCAACUGUCGACAACUGAAGGUGGAAAGAGAAGAAGUAUCGAAGCAGAUGAAAAUAGUUCUUUCUCUUGCUAAAGAGCAGGCUAGCAAAGUGGAAGAAGAAGAGGCGGAGAUGGAUUGUGCUAACAAAAAACUGGAGCAGAGGUUGAAGUCUACGUGGGCUUCAAUGAGACAGCUCUUUGCCUGAGAAUAUACGACUAUGUCUUAUAAGUUUUAACUUGCAAAUUUCAGCAUUUUGCCUUUUACUGAAGUUUGAUGUUGCAUCUUUUUGAAUCGCUAGUCCAUGAUGCGUCAAUGUGUCAAACGUCAAGUCUUUUCUCAUAUUAGUUACAUAGUUUUAAAAUGGAGCGAUGUUGAACGUUUCAUUUGGUUUUACUAUCUAGACGCUCUAGUCUAUAUGAGAUUUUUAUGAAACCUCUGAUACUCAUUUGGACAUGAUGACACAUAAU